CAUCACUGAUGGGCACUGAAAGGCAGCACUCAUAUAUGGCAGUGAUGCACACUGGUAGGCGGCACUGAAAGACAGAUCAGAUGGGCACUGAUAUGUGGCACUGACAGGUGGCAUGGAUGAGUACUGAGAGCUGGCACUGAUGGACACUGACAGGUGGCGCUGCUGUGGCUACACAGAUCAUCAGUGCUUAACAGUCUGGUACAUAAAAGAGGCAUGGACGUCCACAGAAGAGAACAUUGGUGGAUGAUCGCAGGAUCU